CAUCCUCCACAAAAAUCAAAGAUACAUAAAAUCUUCAUCCCCAAAAUCAAAGAUACAUAAAUCAAACCAUAAUUUCCUGUGCCUUGAGCUCGAGAGAGAGAGAGAGAUCCGAGGUUGAGGUGCGCGAGAGAGAGAGAGAGAUCCGAGAUCUGAGCUUCUAUGUCGCCUCACCUUCACCUCUCCGCCCUCACCUUCGCUUCUCCGCCGCCCGCAAAACCUUGAUUUCGGCGGAUCUAGGGCUUCCGGCGAAGCGUACACAACUUCAAUCUCACCAACCACGGGCGACGCCUCCCCCGCUCAGGUAGCCCUCCCAGAGGUCGCUCAUCUCCGCGGAACAGAAGGGUCAAGGCAAGAGGCGGCGAAACCCCGAAUUUACCGAAAUAGAGCACCGAUCGAUCGGGAUUUACCGAUCCAAGCCGGCGCCGGUACACCGAGAUGCGGUACGCUGCGAGACUCCGGCGGAACGGAGGAGGAAAAGGGUAGGCGGCGCCAGUGAGAUUAGGUUUUCGACGAGGUAGGAGAAGGUGGGCAGUAGAGAGAGAGCGCCGAGUGAGAAAUGACGGGAGUGUACAUAUUUAGUGCUUUAAUUAAGUUAUUAAUUAUCUCCUAAAUUUUACCCAAAAAUAAAAUGAGACAAGAUUAUUGGGACAGACUAAAAAGGAAAGUGAGACAAGAUUAUUGGGACCGAGGAAGUACUAAUUGUUUUAGAAAAAAACAAAAACAAAAAGUAAUAGUAAAACUGAAUCUCUCAAACAAGUGGUAGAAAUACACAAAUCCUCCAAAUUGUAUCUCCAGACCCGCCGCCACUCAUCGUCAGCCUCUCUCUCACUACCGCACCGCCCCACCCCACACCGGCCGAAAUCAAUCCCGCCACCAUCCAAUUCAUGUUCUCUACUUUUCGCCGCCAUUGUCAACCCGCCAACCUGAAAGCAAAGCAUAUCAUUUUGCUAAUUGAUUUUUUCAGAUUCACCGACUCCGCCGCAGCCUCUGUCGCUUCUAGUCGCCGCCUCCAUGGAUCAUUUUGCCCCUUACUUGUUGAACAAGCUCUUUCUCUAGCUCCGCUCAACGAGCCGAGCUCGAGCUCGAGCUCGAGCCCUAAUAGACGACCAGAGCUCCUCUACAGCCCGAUUUAAUGGCUUUUGAGCUCUGUGUGUUUGCUGAUUAGCUCAAACGAGGGCAAUUUGGGGCUGCAGCAACCGAGGGGAACGAAGCGUUCAUUUGAGAUGAUUUGAUUUUGAAGAUGGAUCGACUCAGUGAGUUGCCCGACUCUGUUAUAUUUCACAUAUUUUGGUCGUUGCCUAUGUGGGACGUUGUUAGGACAACAAUUCUGUCAAAGCGCUGGUUAAACCUCUGGACAACCACCCCCUUCCUUAAUUUUGAUGAUCCUCAUAUGCAUUUUGGUACCGUAGAUCGAUUUCGAAACUUCGUUCAGCGGGCUUUAUUACGCUGGGAUGGGGUAAAGGUUCUGAAAUUCAAGGUUGAAAGUGAUACCACUGAUGAGGAGGAUUGCGAACCAAUACAUGAGGAUGCUGAUUUGUGGGAUUUGCCAAGAAAAUUUGAACCAAUACACGAGGAUGUUGAUUUGUGGGUGCGAUUUGCCAAGAAAUUUGAAGUCGAAGAGUUAUACUUGCAUAUGGUGAUUCAAGAUGAUCAUGAAUCACGGAGUGGUGAUAUUGAUGAUUUAAUACAUUGGGUGCCACAGUUUCUGUACUCAUGCUCAUCGCUUAAAGUGUUAUCGAUCGAGAAUUGUUACUUUAGAAUUAAGGGGAAUGUGCAGUGGAAUCAUCUCAAGAGUCUAACAAUUAGUAGAGGUUAUGGGGUCAGUGAAGACGUGAUGAAUCAAAUAUUGUGUGGUAGCCCUCAGUUGGAAGUCUUAAUCAUGUCUUUUUUUGAAUGUAGUAAAAGCUUGUGUAUCCGAUCUAAUAGUUUGAAAGAGCUGUCGAUUAACAAGCAUUUAUAUGAUUAUGAUGCAUCUACUUAUACGACGACGGAGCUGAGAAUUUGGACUCCAAAUCUUAAAACCCUAGAAAUUAAAGGAGUUCCAUUUAGCAAGUGUUUGUUGAUGAAUGUCUCAUCUUUAAACCGUGCAACUCUUGGGUGUUAUGGUCUACAUCAUUAUGGUGAGACACAUUGGUAUCACAGGAUUGAUGGCUUCACAAGCCAUUUUCUUGGAGAUUUAUUUGGUCAAAUUCUGCCAAGCAUCCAACAUGUUGAACACAUCACAUUAUCAUCCUGUUGCGACAAGGGGCUUGGAGCUAUGAUAGAGGGAUACACGUAUUCAUCUUAUCCUAAUGUCAAGUCCUUACGGCUCAGAUUUCAUUACUUUAAAUUUGUAAGUAUGAUUGAGAUUUCCCCUCUAUUAAAGAAGUUAGUAAUUGAAGUUAGAGAAAGGUGCAUGUUCUCUGAUCUGCAAAAUUCACUGGGGGUUGAUCGUGGGAUCUACCUCGAGUUGAAAAAAAAUAUUCCUAUGUGCUUUGUGCUGCAGUUGAGGACAAUUGAGGUUACUUUUUUUGAGGGCCUUGAGGCUGACAUUGUAUUUCCACUUCUAGAGUUUCUGUUGAAAAAUGCGAGUAAGCUGGAAAAGAUUGUGUUCCGAGUAAAAGGACCACUAAAUUCUUUGCUUCGUGCAUCGCAGAAGCUGAUGAAAAUGCCAAGAUCCUCGCGAACUGCACUAUUUACUUUCGGUGAAUAUUGAUCUUACCAAGCUAUCUUCAGUCAUAGGUAACUAUUUACUUUCGGUAAAAUGGCAGCAUUCUUCUGUGCUUGAUAUCCUUUUGCUUCGUUUAUCUGUUUCUUUCCUCUGUUUUGUUUAGGGAUUAUAUAUUCCCAUAUUCAGUGAAGCAAAGCAAUUUGACACGUUUGGAUUAAUUUGAUAUGUAUCUCUUGUUAACUUCUUAUUGCUCUUUUGUAUUGUGUUGA